UCCAAACUGGGUGGAAUUAUGGCAUUACAAGCUUUCCAAGGAACAUGCAGAAGAUUUAAGCCACACAUUCUGAUGUUUCUGGCACAGAUAGGCUAUACUAUUCUCUACUUCAUCACUGAAGCUUCUUUCAACCAUGGAAUGAAUCCACAUGUUUAUAUAACUUACAGAAAUUUUGUUGCUGGCUUCGCCAUGUUACCAUUUGCUUAUUUUCUUGAAAGAAAGUUGAGGCCAAAACUGACGUUUGCAUUGUUUGUGGAGAUUUUUGUGCUUUCACUUCUAGGGGUAGGCCUAACUCUGAACAUGUACUUUGCAAGCUUAAGAUACACAUCACCUGCUUUUCUUUCUUCAAUGGUGAACACAAUACCUUCCAUGACAUUUGUUAUAGCUGUUCUCUUAAGAUUAGAGCAUCUCAAUGUCCAGAGUCUACAAGGAUCUGCUAAGGUUAUUGGGACCAUGGUCUGCUUGGCUGGUGUUAUAAUCAUGACAUUGUACAAAGGCUCAGCAGUAAGAAACUUAUGGGGUGCAGUAAUUCAUAUGCAAGGAAAUACAAUCCAUGAAAACUGGUUAAAAGGUUCUAUUUUCACAGUGACAAGUUGUGUAACUUGGUCAGUAUGGUACAUCAUGCAGGCCAUAACCUUACAAAAAUAUCCAGCACAACUUUCACUCACUACAUGGAUGAGCUUCAUUGGAGGAGCUCAGUCAGCAGUUUUCGCCUUAUAUGUAGAGCACAAAGCCUCAGCUUGGAUUAUCAAAUUUGAUAUUGAUUUAUGGAGCACACUGUAUGGUGGAAUCGUUUGUUCUGGCAUAAUAAUCUUCAUUCAGCUAUGGUGCACUAAGGAAAAAGGACCAGUAUUUGUAACUAUGUUCAAUCCACUCUCAACCAUUUUAGUGGCUCUUCUAGCAUAUUUUGUUUUUGGUGAAAGACUGUUCAUAGGAAGUAUAAUUGGAGGAGUUAUUGUCAUUAUUGGGCUUUACUUGGUGCUGUGGGGAAAAGAUAGUGAUGAAGCUGGAAUGAAGCCACAAUCUGAUGAGAACAAGCUGGAACAGCAGAAGGAAACUUGUCAUGAAGAACCAUAGAAGUUAAUUUUAUUGAUUAUAACUGAUAGCUGCUUUAUUUGAUUUUGAUUUUGAUUUUUGGUUUUGUAAGAAAGUUGUAUUGUUUUAGUUACAACGGUAAAAAUAGUGCUGUGUGUGACUAAUUUAAUACUGUAAUUUAGUAUUUUGUGUUCACCAUUACACUGAAUAACAAAAGUAGGGAAGAAGAAGCCGCUCUCAACUUAGGCUUCAUUUGGGACGGUUUUA